GCACUUAUUUCCGCCUCGAAAUUCAUAUAAAUGAUCUCCAUCAAAUCAAAUUUAAUUUUCUUCUCAAAAAAAUUCCCAUUAACCCCGCCUACCAAAAACAAAAUAAGCUUCUAUUUCCUGGAUGCAUUUUCCCCCUUUUUGGCUCCAAAAGCAUGAUUACCGAAAACGAAAAAUCAGCGUAGAUGCUGAUUAAGACAUUCAAUCAAGAUCCGCAGCAAUGCUAUUGAAGAUUCAUCGCCACUCGACGUUUACGCGAAUUCGAAUCAGCUAAGGCUAUGAUACGUUACUUAUCUCUGUCGCCGUACCGCGAGGGAUCAUUCCGAUUUCUUUAGCGUUACGAUCGCUUCUCUCGUCCAGAAUUCUCAAUUUCGCCGCAUUUCGUAAAAAUCUCGACGUCUCCUCAUGCCGAUAAGAAAUGUCGAUCCCGAUUCUCCGGCGGCCGAUCGCCCGUAAUUUCUUGCUGCAUUGUUUCAGAGGAUUGUUUCUGCGAAAAUUUCCAUACCUAUUUUUCCUGCCUAAAUUCUGCAUUGUCUUCCGGUCUAUGGAUAAUUACUGUUUCUUCUGAAGAUUUUUAUUGGUGGUUGCUGCUGUUGAUGACCGGAAUGAGUUCAGGUGCGGGCUUGAGAUCAGGCUCGGGCUCGGCCGUGCGGAUGAGUUCGGGCUCGGGCUUGGGAUCGCCGCAUCCAAUCCUAAGCGGAAGUGGGAAUGUUGAAGCCCAAGGUAUUUUGCCGUCACCAAGUUCUGCUCGUGUCAAUGAGGCUCGUUACCGCGAGUUCGAAUUUGUGGAGAAAUGCACCAGAAGUCGAUAUGCUCGGUAUGAUGAAGUUUUGGGCAAGGGUGCAUUCAAGACUGUAUACAAGGCAUUUGACCAACUUGAUGGAAUAGAAGUAGCUUGGAACCGAGUGAAAAUAACUGACAUGCUGCAGUCACCUGAAGAUUUGGAAAAAUUGUACUCUGAGGUUCAUCUUCUUCGGCAGCUGAAGCAUGUCAACAUUAUAAAGUUAUACGAUGCGUGGAUUGAUGACAAGAAGAAGACAAUUAACAUGAUCACUGAGCUCUUCACAUCUGGGAGCCUGAGACAAUUCCGGAAGAGGCACAAAAGUGUCAACAUGAAGGCAAUCAAGAGUUGGGCAAGGCAGAUUCUCCAAGGCUUAGACUACCUUCACAGCCAAAACCCACCUGUUAUUCAUAGGGAUUUGAAAUGUGACAAUAUAUUUGUCAAUGGAAACCAAGGAGAAGUUAAGAUAGGGGAUCUUGGGCUGGCAACCAUCAUGCAACAGCCUAAGGCUAAAAGCGUCAUUGGAACACCGGAGUUUAUGGCUCCGGAGCUGUAUGAAGAAGAAUAUAAUGAACUAGUCGACAUAUAUUCCUUUGGAAUGUGCUUGUUGGAAAUGGUCAGUAUGGAAUAUCCUUACUCAGAAUGCAGGAAUCCAGCUCAAAUAUUUAAGAAGGUCACAUCUGGUAUCUUACCUGCUGCUCUCGGAAAAGUGACUUCUCCAGAGGUGAAAGAAUUCAUUCAAAAAUGCCUGGUUCCGGCUCCUCAGAGGUUGUCUGCCAAGGAGCUGCUCAAGGAUCCGUUCCUUCAAGUCGAGCAGUUUGGAGAAUCCAUUCGUGAUUCAUUGACUAUACCUGAUAUGAUUCCCAGAUCUUUUAUUCCAUUGAACUACGGACCUCAUUUCAUGGAUAUAGACCCUGAAUAUGUCUCUGUAGAGUCGAAUAAUGGAACUCCUCCUACCUCCGUGCUGGAAUUUAAACGGACUCAUCAUAACAACGAGUUCAGAUUGAGGGGAAACAAGAAUGAUGACAACUCAAUCUCACUGACCUUGCGAAUUGCUGAUAAGGGAGGCCGAGUGAGAAACAUACACUUCCAAUUCUACCUUGACACAGACACUGCCCUUGCCGUUGCAGCUGAGAUGGUCGAGCAGCUAGAUUUAGCCGAUCAUGAUGUAGCCUUCAUUGCUGAGUUCAUUGAUUACUUGAUAUCGAGAAUGUUGCCCGACUGGAAGCCUUCGUCUGAUUACUCUGCCAGCCGCGAUAAAAGUGGGAGCGGCCUAACCUUUGUGUCGGACCAGUGGGAGGCGCCGUUGGGUGAAUCGAUGAGCAAGCAAGGAAACAAUAAUGCCUCCAUUGAUCGUCAGAUUUGUUUCCCAACAGCUCGCAACUUGUACGGCCACCCCAAUCAUGGGUUGUUCACAUCUCCAUAUUUUACGAUUACAGGAAACAAAUCAUCACUGGGGUCAGCGACAUCUGAGAUCAUGGGAGAUUAUUCCUCAUUGAAGAAUGAAACGUCUAGUGGCGCAGCCUCUGAGAUGGAGUUCAGAGAUCAGCACUACGACGAAUGCCGGACAAACGAGACAGCGAGUGUUUUCAGCACAGGAUGGCCGUCGAUGGACCGUUUGACGGACAACUCGGAUUCGAGUUACUCCGAUCAGAAAGUUUCAAAGACUGGGAGCUUUACGAGCUGUUGUUCGACGUUGAAUCUGCUCGAGAGGGACCCAGAUGGCGAUCUCAAGUUGGAACUCGAUGCGAUCGAGGCGCAGUAUCAGCAAUGGCUUCAAGAACUCGCUAGGAUGAGGCAGGAGGCGAUAGAGGCCGCCAAGAGACGAUGGAUGGUGAAAAAGAAAGAUGUUCAUUGAUGGACACCUCGUUUGCUUGCUUCUUAGUUCAAAAAAAGUAGUUUGUUUUCUUGUUUGAGUUCCGUGUUGGGUUGUUGUCACUGUGUAUUCUGAAACAUCCUUGAUUGGAUGUGGCUUGCUUCCUACUACGGAUUUUACCCCUUCGACCCCUCUAGUUUUUCAAGGAGGGGCGAAGAUUGAUUAUACUGUUACAUAAGUUUUUAUAGCAACCUGUAAAAAGACAUUCAUAGUUUUUUCAUUUUUUAGUAAUAUGGAUUGGAUAGGUUGCCACUUA